AUGUCAGAUAUUCAAGUGUUAACAUAUGGUAAUAAUGCCAACCUAUCGUUUUAUGCAUGGAGAUUACAAGAAACUAAGUCUUGUCAGGUGACAAUGGUCAAUGAAUCCAUCGAAAGUGAUCAUUUAAUUUUCAAUUCUAAUGUAUUUGGUAAUAAUCAAGUUUGUAAAGCAAGUAUUGUGCCUUCAAUUAAACAUUUAAAUCCCGAUAAUAAAUUUGAUAUUGUUAUAGUAAGUUGUGAUUCCUUACAAGAUUUUCAGAAUGUAAGUAGCAAUUUGGUUAAUUAUCUUAAAUUCAAUAGUAUAAUAUUGAUUGAAAGUACUGGAUAUAUAAAUUUAGAACCAUUUUUGAAAUUGAAUUUCGAAAAUUGGAAUGAUUUGGUUAUUUGUUCCAUUAUGAAUGAAACCAACAUUAAACAUUUACCUUCAAGUAAUCAAUUUUAUCAUAAGUUGAUUAAUAACGAUAACAGAAUUUAUAUUGGAAGCUCAAUUGAAUAUAACUUCAAUUUAAAUAAUCAUGAGAAUUUUAUUAAGAUUUUGAAGUUAUUCCAAUUGGUUAGUGAAGAUAGUAACAAUAAGAUUGUAUUAUUGAAAUCAAUCUUACCCAAAGAAUUCAUGACUUAUCAAUGGAAAUUAGCAUUACCAAGAAUUAUAUUUAAUCCUUUAUUAAUCAUUUUUGAAAUAUCAAAACCAGAAUUAUUGAAUAAUCAAAUAUUGUGUAAGCCUUUGAUUACGGGGAUUUUGAAUGAAUUAUUGAAAAUCAUCAAAAAGAUGGAUUGUAAGUUAGUUAAAGGUUAUGAGAAUGAAAGUAAUUUAUUUCAAUAUUGGUCAAGUUUAUAUCCAGUUGUUGAUGAUCUGAAUAAUAUCAAAUACUCAGAAAGUCCAGAUUUAUUUUAUAAUUACUAUUAUCAAAAGAAUUUAGAGAUUGAUUUAUUAUUAUUACAACCUAUUUUAUUAGGUGAUGAUAAUGGUGUUAGAACUCCAUAUUUAGAGAAUUUAUAUUCAAUGAUGUGUCAAAUGAUUAAGAUUAAUAGUGAUGACACAGUAUUCUUCCAAAGAAAAGGACUUCAAUCAUCCCAAACUCAAGAUUUUAGUGAUAUUAAAGCUGAAUUACAAAAUUAUCAAACUCAAUUACAAGGGUCCCAGAAACAAUUACAAGGAACUCAAAAACAAUUACAAGAUAUGAAUAUGGACUUGUCAGCAUCACAAGGUAAAUUAAAUGAUAUUAAUAAUCUUAUCAGUCAACAAGAAGAAUAUUUAAAUAAUUUGAAAUUCGAAAUUCAAGAGAAAUCUUCAAUUUUAGAUACUUUGAAUAGUAAUUUGAGUAAACAACAAGAUAAAUUGAAUUAUGAACAAUCAAAUUAUAAUAAUUUGUUAAAAGAUUUUAAUGAUUUGAAGUUGAAACAUCAAAAUGAAUCCAACGGACAAAGACAAGUAUCAUCACAAUCUCAUAAAAGUUCACCAGAAAAUGGAAUCAAUGGCCAAAGACAAGUAUCUUCUCAUUCUCAAAGACUGGCUGACAAAAGAAAGUCAACCAAAUCCAUGAAGAAUUCUUUUAGUAAUGAUAAUUUAGAAGAUUUAGCUGAUAUAGCUAUCUAUGGUGCUCAAUUGAAUGGAGAGCCAGUGAAAGACAGAAAUUACGAAUUACAACAAAAGGAAAUGGAAUUGAGAAGGAGAGAAGAAGAGUUGAUGAGUAGAGAACAAAGUAUUAAGUCUCAAUCAAUGGAUGGAAGUCAAACCAAUGGAUCUCAAAUCAACGGAUCUCAAAAUAACGGAGCUAUUCAAGGACCCGUUCAAGGACCCCAAGGACCUCAAGGACAACAACCAAUCAAAUUAAGCCCCCAAAAUAUUACAUCACCCAUGAAUAUGGGAAUGCCUAUGAAUCAAAUGCCAAUGAAUCAAAUGCCUAUGAACCAAAUGCCUAUGAAUGGGAUGAACAACGGUAUGCCUAUGAAUGGUAUGAUGAACGGUAUGAAUAAUGGUAUGCCAAUGAAUGGUAUGAUGAAUGGUAUGAAUAUGAACGGUAUGCCCAUGAAUGGAAUGCCAAUGAAUGGUAUGAAUAAUAUGAAUUAUAAUCAAAUGCAAAUGAAUCAAAUGCAAAUGAAUAACAUGUACAACCAAAGAAAUAAUCGAUAUUCACGAUCAAGAUUAAAUUCUUUACAAUCCAAUAGUUAUUUCGAUGCUCAAAUGGCUAACAAUGGUAAUGGUAUGAACAGUAUGAAUAGUAUGAAUACCAUGAAUAUGAAUAAUAUGAAUAAUAUGAAUAAUAUGAAUAAUAUGAACAACAUGAACAAUAUGAACAUGAACCCUUCAUCCAAUCAAAGAAGAAACAGAAGGUCACAAUUCCCCAUGGAAGGUUUAGAUAUGGGAGGUAGAGGCGGUAUGCCAAUGCCAAAUGGACCAACUGCAAAUAAGAGGAAAUCAUCUGCAGGAAUUCCCAUGAAUUACGAAGAUAACACUCCUCAACUUCAGAUACAUCCCGACCAACUUCCCAACAAUUCUAGACCUAAAGAUCAACAUUUGAAGUUACCCAAUGAAUUGUCAUCCAACUCAUCAAAAUCCUCAGAUACUCCGGUAACUUCAAAACACUCUCAAGAUAUUAUUUUGAAUGUCCCCGUAACAGAACCUGAGGCUAAACCUUUGGGUGUUAUCAAACCACCUGAAGAGAAGAAGAAAAAGAAGAAGGGUUUAUUUAGAUAA